CUACAGAAGCAGCAACAGCAACAGCAACAGCAACAGCACCAGCAACAUCAGCGACAGAAGCAGCAAAACCAGCACAACAGCAACAGCAUCAGCAUCAUCAGCAGCAAAAGUAGCAGCAACACCAGCAGCAACAGCAACAGAAGCAGCAGCUCCACAAUCAGCAGCAGCAACAGCAACAGCAGCAGCAACAUCAGCAGCAGCAGUGACAAGAGUAGCAGCAACACCUGCAGCAGCAGCACCGUCUCCACCUCCAGCAACAGCAACAUUGGCUGCGAUAGCAACAGCAACAACAGCAAUAGCAGCAGC